AUGAUCAAAAAGUGGUCAAGCGGAAAAGAAGGGAAUUUGCGUGCAUUGCUUUCAACGCUACAUGAGAUCCUUGAACCUGAAAGUGGUUGGGAACCGGUUCCAUUGACAGAUAUGAUGAGCACUCGUGCUGUAAGGAAACAUUACGAGAAUGCUGAAUAUCUUACUAGUGCUGUAAGGCUUGUACAACGAGGUGCAAGCACAAGGGAAAAGUAUAUAUGUAGGAAGGUUCUCGAAAUCUUAAAUGUAUGCAGUGUGGAAGUGUUGAGAUUCGAAUCUGAAGAGAAAGUUGUUCAACAAAAAAAGCGCUCUGAAGAGAGACAACAGAAUCGUAUUCUAGGUAAGAGGUAUAAUCACCUUGAUUAA